AUGGAGGCAAGUUUCAGACAAUGCUUGGUGAUUCACAUCGAGCAUGGCCACCCUUAUAAUCCUGGGCCGGUCGCUCAAGAUUUCGUAGUCGACAAUGGAGGUACAACAUUACGACCCUACGGUUGCGCACCAAGAACUACAGCCCGCAGAACAGUAAGCAAGUGUUCCUAUCAAACAUUUACCCGAUGCUUAAAGAUUCGUAGCAGAAAUGGAAGUCAGAUCUCGACGGCUGAAAAGGAGCAGUCAUUUCUGAGGAUGUACUCGUGUCUGCCUUGGGAACUUCGCAACUACAUACACACAUAUUGUGUCCAAGGCUCCCGUGAUAAUGAAGUCAUUGUCAGUCAUGCGAUCGGAAGCAAGCCCGCCUUCCUCGUACGGCAACCCAUCAGUACACACUCAUACCAAUGGAUCGAAGACCCAACCCUCCUGCACAUGAGUCCGGAUCGUAUCGGACGGGAUGCCGCCAGAGAGGUUCUCGACGCGUACUACCAGACGCGUACCUUCAAGUUUGCUCAUAGAGAGCUUGGGUCUUUAAGAACAUUCCUUGAAACCGAUAGGUUUUGUUUGGAUAUGCGACCAGCCGACCAUGUUCGUCGAGUGCACUUGCAGAUCCAGCCCUCGUUACAUGCUCAGCUGCGGGAUUUCGAAUCGAAAGACGAAGAAAUUGGUAAAUGCUGCCAAGCUCUGGGCGCACUUGCUGCUGUUCAGACAUCGCGCACAACAGUAACUGUACAUCUAGACCUGGCCCAGGACUUUUUCGGAAGCGAGGAAGAAGAGAGACUGGUGACCGAUGCAGCUGGUUUUGUCUUUCGGAUUGUGGAAGUCAUCGACAAUCUUCGACUGAAGGGACUGAGGAUUGAUUUGAUCUUUGAAGGGGGAUUGGACAAGAGAACGGGAUUGCAAUUUUGCAAUAGAACUACUACAUCGCUUGCUGGUUGUACACCCCAGACAGGAACGGCCUGUACAUGA